GCCUUGCCCAUUUGCCAGAUGCCAACAACAAUAUUUGUGACCACCUAUUUAGACCUCUCCUCCCCUCUUCCCUUUCCCUCCCACUCUCUCUCUCUCUCUCUCUCUCUCUCUCUCUUUCUUUCUUGCUUCCAUCACCCACACACCAUGUCUGCCUUCCUGGGAAAGUAUGCUGAUGAGUUGAUCAAGACCGCCAAGUACAUCGCCACGCCCGGAAAGGGCAUCCUGGCGGCGGACGAGAGCACCGGCACCAUUGGAAAGCGGCUGGCCAGCAUCAACGUCGAGAACAUCGAGUCCAACCGCCAGGCCCUCCGCGAGCUCCUAUUCACCUCUCCCGGCGCCCUCUCCUUCCUCUCCGGCGUCAUCCUCUUCGAGGAAACCCUCUACCAGAAGACCUCCGACGGCAAGCCCUUCGUCGAUGUCCUACUCGAACACGGCGUCGUCCCCGGCAUCAAGGUCGACAAGGGCACCGUCGAGCUCGCCGGCACCAACGGCGAGACCACCACCCAGGGCUUCGACUCCCUCGGCGCUCGCUGCCAGCAGUACUACAAGGCGGGCGCCCGCUUCGCCAAGUGGCGCGCCGUCCUCAAGAUCGGCCCUACCGAGCCGUCGGAGCUCUCCAUCCAGCAGAACGCGCAGGGGCUGGCACGCUACGCCAUCAUCUGCCAGGAGAACGGGCUGGUCCCCAUCGUCGAGCCGGAGGUGCUCACUGACGGCAGCCAUGACAUCAAGAAGUGCGCCGCCGUCACCGAAACCGUUCUGGCGGCCGUCUACAAGGCGCUCAACGAUCAGCAUGUGCUCCUCGAAGGAACUCUCCUCAAGCCCAACAUGGUCACUCCAGGCUCCGACAGUCCCAAGGUGGGGCCAGUGGUGAUCGCGGAGUACACGGUGACGGCGCUGCGGAGGACGGUGCCGCCGGCGGUGCCGGGGAUCGUGUUCCUGUCGGGGGGGCAGAGCGAGGAAGGGGCGACGCAGAACCUGAACGCCAUGAACAAGCUGGAGGUCCUGAAGCCAUGGACGCUGUCGUUCUCGUUCGGGCGAGCUCUGCAGCAGAGCACGCUGAAGACGUGGGCGGGGAAGAAGGAGAACUUGGGCAAAGCGCAGGAGGUGUUCCUGGCCAGGUGCAAGGCCAACUCCGACGCCACCCUCGGCAAGUACGCGGGAGACGGCGCCGGCGGCUUGGCCUCCGAGAGCCUCUUCGUCAAGGGCUACAAGUAUUAGCUAGCUAGCUAGCCAGGGCUAAUGAUGAUUUUACUAAGCUGGUGCGCGUAAUCUCUAAUUAAUUAAUUAAUGUGACCACCUUAAUUUGCUGUUUUUUAUAUAUCUAUUGUGUGUGGGCUUAUAAAUUAA